CAGUGUUUUAAUUGCUGUAAAGGUGAUCCGUUACGAAGGCAGACUCCACAUCGUUUCCUGUCCCGCCAAGGCCCAGACCAGCCAGUGCUCGGGAGGAAGGCAAACAACACAUCAUGGAGAAGGAAGUUGUGAACCGCCUGGUGUACUCCAUGAUCCAGUUCCUUCAGUCCCAGCUGGAGGGCGGCGGCAGCAGUGGCGGGCUGACGGAGGAGGGGGUGGAAAGCGUGGAGGUGGCCAUCCAGUGCCUUGAGACGGCCUAUGGGGUGUCUCUCAGCCAGACCGAACAGGCUGUGUCGCGCCCCCUGUACCAGAUAUUUGCCGAGGCGGUCAAGGGGGAGCCCAGUGUGGAGCGGGCGGCCCAGCCCCAGCAGAUGGACGCGGCACCUCCGAGGGAGGCCACAGAGGAGGAGAAGGGCGAGGCGGAGAAGCUCAAGAACGAGGGGAACCAGCUGAUGCGCGACGAGAGGUUCACCGAAGCCCUUGACUGCUACACAAGAGCCAUCAGCAAAGACUCGCAGAAUGCCGUCUACUACUGCAACAGGGCGGCGGCGCACAGCAAGCUCAACAACCAGCGCGAGGCCAUUGAGGACUGCAAGCGAGCCCUGCAGAUUGAGCCCCAGUACAGCAAGGCUUACGGCAGGAUGGGCCUUGCCUACUCCAGCCUCAGCGAGCACCACCGGGCCAAGGAGUGCUACCAGAAGGCCCUGGAGCUGGAGCCAGAAAAUGACAGUUACCGCAGCAACCUGGCCAUCGCCGAGGAGAAGCUGCAGGCCGAGCCACAGCAGCAGCAGCAGCAGCCUGGGAACGCAUUUGGGGGCUUCGGUCCCGGCGGCUUACCCUUCGGCCUGGGGGGUCUCGGGAACCUAGCGGGGGCGGGAGGACCUGACCUGGGCAACAUACUGGGCAACCCGGCACUCAUGAACAUGGCCACCCAGCUCAUGGCAGACCCCAACAUGCAGAAUAUGCUAAGCAACUUCAUGGGCGUCAUGGCUGGCGGUGGCGGCCCUGGCGGUGGCGUGCCCGGUGUGCCCCCUCCUAACGUGGCACCUCCACCCCCUCCACCCCCAGUCGCCCCACCCGUCCCACCCCCGGGUGGCCCUGGGGGUCCCGGGGGCAUGGAGGCCUUGCUCAAUGUUGGCCGCCAGCUUGCCGAACAGAUGCAGUCCCAACACCCGGAACUUGUGGAGCAGAUCCGUCAGCAGAUGAACAGAGGAGGAGGAGCAGGAGGUGGAGGCGGAGGAGGAGGAGGGGAUCAGGGGGGUGAGGGAGGCAACCAGGAUCCCCCCCCUCAAACCUAGCUCCCCAUUAGACACCGCUAUUGGUAUGUGUGUUGAUUCGACGUAGUUUUGUACGCAUCGUCACGACCGACACGGGGAAAGAAAGGAAAUUGAUAUAACGUUAGUGCUGUCCCCUCCUCGCCCCUCCCUUACCCUCGCCACCACCACCACCACCUCCACCACCAUUGUAUUCACUAAUGUUGUUAUGAACCGAGACUCCCCGCAGUUGAUAUCACAGGCAAUUAUCGUUUUUCCUCCCAUCUCUGCUAGUAAGGAGGUUUCGGCCACCCACAAUACCUUAUGUUAGUUUACAACACGGCUUUUGUAUUCUUCCGUGGCUUGUGUAUUCUUUCGUCUCUUGUGCCGUUCCUCCUCCUGCUGCUGCCGUUGCUAUCAUCUCCGCCUGUUAAGUGAUCAUGAGGUUUAUAUCACGUGUUAAGAGUCAUAAGGAGGCAUUCCGAGGGGUCAUCAUAAGGUGUAGGUCCAUAUUCUUAAACAUAUUAGGCUCUCAUUACGACUAUACUCUACGGCCAUGGUGAAAUUUAACUGGGUUUUCAUAGGAGACUUUUCCGUUCAUGGUGAAGAAGUCUGGUAAAAUUAUCACUCAAACCGCAAAACAAUUCAUUUAAAUCCCAGAAACUUUUACGAGAGGCUUUUCAAAUGGGUGAACCGAGGCGCCGAUACGCUCAAGAAUAUGAACCUCAGAGUUACUUUCAUCGCAAGCGUCAUCUCGAGGGGACAUCUUCCAUUCUCGACCUUCAUAUAGAGUAGUAGUUAAGGCACAUAGGAGUGUAGAUAGAGAGUUAUGAGUCUAGAUUUUAUCCUCACUAACCUGGCAAGUAAAUAAGCCUUCCCCAUCCUUCCUUUCCUGUUUGGUAUUUGUCAUUGGUUAUCCCACAAGGAAGCUCGCCCUUCCCCGCCAGCCACACCCCUACAAGCCAAGCUGCAAUAGAGAGUUACGAGUCUACUUUAUCCUCGCUAACCUGGCAAGCAAAUAAGCCUUUCCCAUCCUUCCUUUCCUGUGUUGGUAUUUGUCAUUGGUUAACCCACAAGCAAGUUCGCCCUUCCCUGCCAGCCACACCCCUACAAGCCAAGCUGCAAUAGAGAGUUAUGAGUCUACUUUAUCCUCGCUAACCUGGCAAGCAAAUAGCCUCUCCCAUCCCUUCUUUUGUUUGGUGUCUGUCAUUGGCUGGUCCUCAAGCAAGCCAUGCCCCUUCCUGCCAGCCACACCCCUACAAGCCAGGCUGCAAUAGAGUUCUGAGUCCUAUACUUUUUCCUAACUAAUCUGGCAAGCAAAUAGCCCUUCCCAUUCCUUCUUUUGUUUGGUGUCUGUCAUUGGCUGGUCCUCAAGCAAGCCACGCCCCUUCAUGCCAGCCACACCCCUACAAGCGAGGCUGCAAUAGAGUUCCGAGUCCUAUACUUUAUCCUAACUAACCUGGCAAGCAAAUAGCCUUUCCCAUCCCUUCCUUUUCUGUUUGGUGUCUGUCAUUGGUUAACCCACAAGUAAGCCACGCCCCUACAAGCCAGGCUGCGUUCAAACAGGUGGUGCUGGGCUGUCUUAUGCAAGGCUUUCUCUCAGAGCCCAAGCCAAGAGUCAUUUCCAGGCCCUUGUGACAGUUGUUAGAGAAUGUUUUGUCUCGCUUUUUAAGUGUGUAAGGAAAUCAUGUUCUAAACUACUACUACUACUACUACUUCUUGCAAGAGUUUAUCCUUUUUGAGUACCAUUGUAAAAACUUGGUUGGAAAUAGACGUGAAACAACUCAA